UAUCAUUGUACGUAUAUUUCAUUAUAAAUGAUGUCAUUGCUGACAAAAUAAAUAAGAACCGAGAAAUUCAUAACGUAUAUAAGAGGGAUACACCGUGUAAACAUCCAGAUAUGAGCUGUCAAAGAGUGGUUUGGUCUCUGGUGGUCGUUUUAUUGACUUUUAUAACAGACGUGUGCCAGGCGGGGCAGUUUUGUUACUUCCUGCACGAGGAUUACUACACCUUGCGGCAAAUCUACUGCGAGAGCGGCUGUUGUCGAGACUACGGCGAUGAUGACGAGAUAUGCUGCUUCACCUGGUCUGUCGGGGUCAUCCUGGGGAUCGGGUUCGCCUGUGUGGGGUUUAUCGCAGUGGUGAUAUUUCUGGUGAUUUGCUGUCAGCAUAUGAAGAAGCGAGGUCGCCUCGGCUCUGUCGUCCAUCCGGCCGGAACUGGUGGUGCCCAUGGCACCCCCUACCCACAGAACAAUACAUUCGUCUAUGCGUCGGCGCCGCCGGCCUACCAAUAUGCGGCGUAUCCUCCACAAAACAUCUACUCCACACCGGGUAGCGUCGCACCCCCGCCUUACACCGCAGGCACCCAGCCCGCAUACGCCCCACCGUCCAUGAACAAUCCAAAUGAUAUGAGUUCCGGUAACGCGCAUGGGGGGCCAACGGCACCAACUAACCCAGCAUAUCCCCCACGAUCAUAUGGUGGUUAUGGCACGGGAGAAGGAUAGCGUGUUAUAUCAAAAUACAUUCAAGAGUGAACUGUGAAAUCAAACUACUGAUUAUCCGUCCAAUCUUGACUAUAAAGUUAUAUACUUCGCAAAAGGAAGUCUGCUCUGUAUGUAUUUUUUUCAUUGCCUUAAAGGGCUUUUAGCGCAAACCUACCAAUAUUGCCAUGUCUUUAAAUGUUUCCAGAUAUUUUUCGAAUAGAAUAUAUAUUUUUAAAUUUCUUUUACACUGAAAACUUAAUUGUCGACAGUAUAUAUUUACAACCAACAAGUCCUUUUAAGCUUCUAGCUUCCAAUCAAAUUCUUAAAGACUUGUGUUGAAAUCUGUUGUCAUGUAAACCAAUGUUACGUGAUUAAGGUAGUGCCUGAACCACACCGCUUUUUUCUUUAAAAUGACUUGCUCUUUGCUCCAGUUUUAUUGAGCGCAUGCAUUGAUAAUAACAGAAGAAAUCAUACACCCUAUGUUUGCAAGAUUACUUAUGCCAUUUUUUUUGCUUUUUAUGUCUUUAGUUUUUUUAAGGUUACCUCAUCUUUGAAGUGUGCAUUGGUUUUCUAAGCAAUAAUCAAAUCAUUUAUAUUUCUCUAUUA